AAUCAGAGAAAGAGAGAGAGAGAGAGAACAAUGAGGUCUUCAGGAGGCCCAGUGGUCAUUAUUUCAGGUUUUCUGUGUCUUUUCUGUUUUGUAGCUCUGCUUUUCAAAAUCUUUCACAAAAUAUGGUGGACCCCGAAUCGCAUACAGAAAUUGAUGGCUUCACAGGGAAUCAGAGGUCCUCCUUACAGACUAAUCCAUGGAAACACGAAAGAAAUCUCCAACAUGCACAAGGAAGCCAGGAACAGACCCUUAGGUUUAUCACACAACAUAUUUGCUUAUGUUGAGCCUCAUGUUGACUCAUGGAGCAAUGUAUAUGGGAAGAAUUAUCUCCAAUGGCUCGGUUCCCGAGCUCAGUUGAUCAUUCGAGAACCUGAGUUAUGCAAACAGAUACUGAACAACAAAGAUGGAGCUUAUCCGAAAAAACCGCCUGAAGACUUUGCAAAGAAGCUAUUAGGAUAUGGCCUUGUAACAGCUGAAGCAGAAAAGUGGGUGAAAUUGCGAAAGAUUUCCAACCAUGCCUUCCAUGGAGAGAGCUUAAAAACUAUGAUUCCAGAUAUGAUAGCUGGUACUGAGAUAAUGCUUGAAAGGUGGAGAAGUCAUGAAGGAAAAGAGAUUGAGGUGUUUGAAGAAUUUAGGUUAUUCACUUCAGAUGUGAUUUCCAGAACAGCAUUUGGCAGCAGCUACUUAGAAGGACAGCACAUUUUUGAAAUGUUGAUGAAGUUGGCCUCGUUAUUAUUCAGAAAUUCUCUCAAAAUCAAGGUUCCUGGUAUCAGCAAGUUUUUUGAUACCAGUGAUGAAAUCGAAUCAGAGAAACUCGAAAAAGGAAUACGUGACUCCAUAAUAGAGCUUGUUAAGAAAAGAGAACGGAAGGCAACUAGUGGAGAAGAAGAUAGCUUUGGGAGUGAUUUUCUUGGAUCACUUUUAAAGGCUCAUCAUGUUGCCAAUCAGAACCAGAGGAUCUCGGUGGAUGAUUUAGUUGACGAUUGCAAGACAUUUUACUUUGCUGGACAAGAAACCACUAAUACAUUGAUUGCUUGGACUGUUUUUCUCCUAGCAGUUCAUACAGAUUGGCAAGAGGAAGCAAGAAAGGAGGUCCUACAAUUAUUUGGAAAACAGAAUCCAAAUCCAGAUGGCAUUUCCAAACUUAAAACUAUGAGUAUGAUCCUCAAUGAGACUCUAAGGUUAUAUCCUCCUAUUGUUGCUAUUCCACGGAACACUGGAAGGGAAGUUAGACUAGGAAAGCUCAUUGUCCCUGCUAAUGUUGAUCUGCUCGUCUCAGUUCUAGCACCGCACCAUGAACCUCAAUUUUGGGGACCAGAUGUGCAUCUUUUCAAGCCUGAGAGAUUCUCAGGGGGGGUUGCAAAAGCUACUAUUAACCAUGUAGGUGCUUUUGUGCCGUUUGGACUGGGACCUCGAACUUGUGUGGGCAUGAACUUUGCAACCACUGAAGCUAAGAUUGCCUUGUCGAUGAUUCUACAACGCUACUCCUUCACUCUCUCCCCGGCUUAUAUCCACUCCCCUACUCACAAAAUCACACUUCGGCCACAACAUGGACUUCAAGUAUUGCUACAACCAUUGUGAAUAUCGAAGCUCAGAUGCUAAACUCAUCUGUGAUAAUUCCCGCAAAAUAAAGAAAUUAAACAAGUGGAUCGAAGAAGAAAAAUAAGAAGCACGAUACAGAAUCUAAUAGGAAUUUGAGACACAUGAAUUUUGUUAUUCUUCUUCCUUGAUUGUGUUUAAUUAGCUCUGUUUCAAAGCUUUCAAUUGUGAGUUUGUAACCAUCAAUAAUCUGUC